CAGGACUCUGCCGCACCAGAUAUGGCGCCGCCCGCCGGCGGGGCUGCAGCACCUGCAAACCCUAGUUCUCCUGCGGUGCUCCUGGCAGUGCAGGCCGCGGUGAGACCGCUGGGCGCCGGGCACGACACCGAGGCGCAGCUUCGGAGGCUGCAGUUAAGCGCCGACCCUGAGCGUCCUGGGCGCUUCCGGCUGGGGCUGUUGGGCACCGGGCCAGGGGCGGUCAGUUUAGAAUGGCCCUUGGAGUCCAUUUGCUAUACAGUGCGUGGACCGAACCAACACGAGCUGCAGCCUCCGCCGGGAGGGCCUGGAACCUUCAGUGUGCACUUCCUCAACUCCCAGGAAGCACAGCAGUGGGCAGCACUGGUGCGAGAUGCCACCGCGGAGGGACAAAAUGGCAAUGGUAGCCAAGCCCCAGCCCCAGAAAUGUGCCCCCUUUCUCCACCAUGUUCUUCUGUGGCUCAAAUAUCUAAAGCAACCCAACCUGAGGUGGAUCUUCCUCGAAGUUCUGGAAACUUGAAAAAAGAAGAGCUGGCUACACGCCUGGCCCAGGCCAUUGCAGAUGGAGAUGAGAAAGAAGCAGCUCAUGUGGCAGCAAUCCUGGCACAGCAUCAUGUGGCUCUCAAUGUCCAGCUCAUGGAGGCCUGGUUCCCACCAGGUCCCAUCAGGUUGCAAGUCACAGUUGAAGAUGCCACAUCUGUUUUGUCUUCUGCAUCAUCUGCCCAUGUCUCACUGCAGAUCCACCCACAUUGCUCCAUUGCAGCCCUCCAGGAAAAGGUGUUCUCAGAGUUCGGUUUCCCGCCAGCUGUGCAGCGCUGGGUCAUUGGGCGGUGCCUAUGUGUGCCUGAACGAAGCCUUGCUUCCUAUGGGGUCUCGCAAGAUGGGGACCCUGCUUUUCUCUACUUGCUCUCAGCCCCCCGAGAAGCUUCAGGACAUAGCCCUCAACAUUCCAAGAUGGAUGGGAAAUCAGGAUGCUUGUUUCCUCAGUCAUUGGAGCAGCCUCACACCCUCCAGCCAGCCAGUUCCAGUCUCCCCAAUCCUCCUCAGCCUGGCUGGUCUUGCCCUUCCUGCACCUUCAUCAAUGCCUCAAACCGCCCUGGCUGUGAGAUGUGUAGCACCCAAAGGCCCUGUACUUAGGAUCCCCUUACUACGGCCUCCACCUAGAAGACACCAAAGGUUACAGAGACAAUGGCCCUCCUGUCAUAGGCCCAAGUCACUGUACCACCACCACUCAAACGUCGCAGGGGACCUCUGCUUGUUGGGGACAGAGAUGCACUGUUUUUUGUUUGUUUGUUUUUUCGAGACAGGGUUUCUCUGUGGUUUUGGAGCCUGUCCUGGAUCUAGCUCUUGUAGACCAGGCUGGUCUCGAACUCACAGAGAUCCACCUGCCUCUGCCUCCCAAGUGCUGGGAUUAAAGGCGUGCGCCACCACCGCCCAGCCAGAGAUGCACUGUUAAGGAACAAGGGCCACAAGCCAGUAAUUAAAGACACACAAGAACCAGCUUGUGUCCUAGUCUUGGUGCAGAGCUAUACUAGUCCAGCUGCCCGGGAGCAAGGAAACAGAUUCUACCCCUCAGUUGCAGAUGGAGCUCCCCAAAUCACAACCAGGAGACUACUCAAGAGUAGAUUUAGACUAAAGUUCCAGUGGUCACAGAUCAUGGUACUAGGGUCUUUCCAGAGCCUUCAAGCCUACAAGGGCUCCUCAGACUGCUAAUCUGCUAGGAGUUCCUCUCACUAACCCUGGCCCUUUGCUGCCCUUCUUGAAUCCUAUAAUCCAAUCACUAUUUUCAGCUGUUUCAGCCAGUAUGAAACCAGCAAUGGGACUGGGUAUUUCUCCUUCACCAAAGGGAUGCUUUAGCAUGGGGAAUCAUGCCUUUGUGAUCCUGACAACCAUCUGUCAUCGCUCUUUAUUAAUAGAAGUGCUGCCGCUUUAUGAAUCUAGUCGUGGCCAGUUUGGCCUAGAUGCCUAACUGCCCUGGAGACUACUAGGUGUCAUUCCCUGAUAAAUACCAGACACUUCCACAUAUAUUUCCAGCACAACCCUUUUAUCUGUUCAGCCAAGACUAAGACAUCCCAGAUCCCCUCUGCCUGGCUACUCAACAUUUCUGAGAACUUCCUCAUCCCCUGCCCCGCCAAGAUAGCACUGCUCCACCAGUGAUGCUGUUCUAGGUCUUCCUGAAGAUCUGAAGGCUCCCUGCUGCCAUCAGUGUGGAAGUGGGAACCCCUUUCCAGCUCUACCAAGGCACAGCCACUCUGUUGAACAGUGCAGUGCUGCUUUUUCGGAAAUAAAAUAUUUUGAGACUGGG